AUGUAUACAUAUUAUUGGAAGUUCCCUGCGAUAGUGAUAGUUCGGUUUGGUUGCGUAACGAAGUUCGACUGGCUAAAUUACUCUUCGAUUCCGUACCGUCCAGUAUUCUCAUGGCGCCAAAAACAGCCUCAAGCCUGCAGAAAAUCUCUUCGUUAUGAAAUUUCGUGGAAAGAUGAACGUAUCGAGUAUCUACAGAGGACGUUAACCGAGUUGGAGAAUUCCAUGCCAUGUUCAUCGGGAGACAACUGA